AUGUCGUCUGCACACGCCGCUUCGGCGGCCUCCGGCUUCGCAAUCACCACCCCCCGCUUGACAAUCCGGACCGCAGUCCCACCCGACGGCGAGGCUCUCGUGGCCUACUUCAGCAACCCAGCCAACUUCCCAUGGCCGGCGGAGAAAGACUUGACCCUCGAAAAGAUACUGCCACGGAUAGAUAAAUGGGCAGACGCCACAGCGGCCGGUAGAAGCGCUUUCAUGGUCAUUGUGGUCCGGGAAACGGACCAGCUUAUCGGUUUCGGCGGGUUCAACAGUUUGCCGCGGACAGAGCCGCUGGGAGGCAAGCCCACGUGGGCGAUCAGGAAAAGCGAGGGUGAGGGAGAGGAAACGGUCCUAGUGGCCGAUAUUGGUGUCAGUAUUGAUCACCAGCACCAACGGCGGGGUUAUGCCCGGGAGGCAUCGAAUGAUCCCAUGAAGGCGUUGCUGGCUGGUCUUGGAGUGAAGGGCAUUGAGGGCGACGGUAGCGAGCCCCUGCCAGAUGCUGCUUUCAGUUUUGCAUCCAAGUCGAUUAAUUACGACGUCGACAGGGCAGGCUGGGCAGGUUUGAGAGACGAGUUGAAAAGGAAAGGCGCUUGGCCUUUAUGA